AUGGAACACCCACUCAGGGACCUGCUGAUGCUGGCUGGUAUGCUUUCCACUGGAUCGCGUAGCCUGGCGCCACACCGUCGUCUCCAGAAACGUGAAGUCUGGUAUCUCCAGCACGGUGACUUUGAACCCACCAACACCGAUAGUCAAGCCAUGAAAGAGAUUGGCCUUAACUACCAGUACUUCGACAGAAGCAUCAACUUUGCCGUUAUGGCCAAGGAGCUUGCUCAGGCUCUCGACGGCGAGGCAGAAUCACACGGCGACUUUAGUAAGCCGGGCUCACGAUACAGGCACCCCAGAGACCUCACUGGAAAGAAGGACAUGCCAAUGUCAUGCUACAACUUGGCCAAGGCUUGUGCCGUGGCAGGCCUGGAAGAAUGGCACCACAACGCAGGCGUUGACGCCAGAGAGUCCUUAGCAAGUGUUCUUGCCAUGAGGUUCGCCUACCCAGGUGUCACUCUGCCACAAGAAGACAUUCAAUGCCAGUGUUGUCUAGUCGAGAGAGCGCAAACUCCCGAGGCAUCUGGCGGCCGUGUAUCCGAAGUUGGCGUUUCGGUGAUUGACACCAAAGACGUUGUUGAUCUGUCCUGCAACACCUUCGACAGGAUCAAGUCGUACCACAUUUUGCUCACAGGCAGAGAAGACUACCAUCCAGAUAGGACAACCGAGAUGACCAUGGGUAUCAUGGGAGAUCCUGCACGCAAGCCAAGAUAUUGGUUCGUCUACGGACCAAACCCCUGGUCGACUCGCAUUAUCCAGGCAAGAUGCCCAUUUUAG